AUGCAUAAAGUAAGGAGAAGACGUGUAGUUCCCGUUGACGUUCAUAGCGAAGACGAGGACGAAUUCGACGUUACUCGAGAAGAACUGGAGCUCAGUGAUCUAUCCGGCUCAGAAGCAAGUUGCGAAGAUUCGGACAUUGAAAGUGAAAAUUCACACAGUGACGGAGAAGAAGAAAUCAUUAAAGAGACUACAAGCUCGAUUACGGAGGAACAAAAUUCUAUUAGAGAAGAGGAAAGUUCGAUUGCGGAAGAGCAGAGUUCUAUUAAAGAAGAGGAAAAUUCUGCAAUAGAGGAAAUCAGCAGCUUAAUUGAAAGCACAACCUUAACCUCGAAUGAGGAAAAGGUAAAAAAUAAGUUCAAGUCAGAUAUUUCAAAUUCUCCCGAAGUAAAAAGAACUGCGCAUGUGGAAGACAAACAAAGAACUGAUAACGGUUCAACGGUUAAAGAAAUUAACCAUGAGAGUAGUUCACCUGAAGAAUUAGUUGAAAGCCUAACCGACGAAGAAAGCGAUAGAUUGGACGAUCUAGAUUUAGGCGAAGAUAAAAAUGGUAAUAAACCUAAGGUAUUGACAGGUUGGCAAAAGAAAUUGCUGGCAAGGCAAGAAUAUCGUAAGAAACUUGCAGAAGAUCCAGCAUUCGUACCUCAUCUUGGGGAAUUUUGGGGACAUGAUGAUCGGUUUAUAAGAGAUGAAUUAAAAAAUGAUUUUGAUCACCGUCCGAGAAAUUUACCUUUUGCACCCAAAGGGAGAGUAGUUUGGGGUGUUAAUGAGCCCAGAGGUCGAUGGGAUCACGACGGUUUUGAGGAGUUAAUGAAGAUGGAUGAGGAAGAACGGCGUAGGAAAGAAUUUCAACGCAGGUUUCAACAACGUCGUGGCUUUAAACCUAGACCCAAGAUAUAUCGCCAUCGACCAAUUAUACGAAAUAAUAUUCCAUCAUUUAAAAUUAAUCAAAAUCGGAUGUCAAAUUUAUCUUCCGGAAGAAAGCCUUUGCCGUCAAGGGUAGUGACAACUAAUAAUAAAGUAAAAUCUUUGAACAAUAUUGGUACACCAACUCAGAGAACUUAUAUCAAGGAGAAUCGAACAGACUUUAAGCAGAAAGGGGUAGAAACUACAGUAGAAUCAACAUCACAAUAUAACAAUCAAAAGCAUACUUCUCAUUCACGUGAUACUAAUAGAUUUCGAGGUGGUCGAGGAUAUAGUAAAACACCUUUACGAUCACAGUCAAACCGCGUUCAUUCUGCAUACCACAAACAAAAUGCGAGUGUUAAUGGAACAAAUACAAUUGUUAACAAAAAAAGUAUGGAUGUAAAUGAACAAGGGCAUAUAAAACAGCAAAACGAGGGUAGUGGCAACGAUGUUGAACAAGAUCAUAAAUUAACUAAGGAAGAACCAGGUCCAGAAGCUGUAACAGGUGAGACAAAUGUAAAAGAUGUCAUAUGGCAUCAAUCUUCAGAGAACAAAGAGCUUGUGAUAAAAUAUCAAGCUGAAGUUUCUGAAGAUCUCGAAAAAGAAGAAUCUGAAGUAGAGAUAAUUUUAGAUCCUCCAAGUAGAAAGACAAGCAUUACGCAAGAAAACGAUGGGUAUAUUAAUCCUCAGACAAGCAAUAGUACAGAAUCCAACGAUGCAACUAUGAAAUCUGAAGAUCGACUUGAAAAUGGACAAUCACCCUCUAGUAAAGAAUCCCCGACAUCGCCGUUAACGGAGGAUCAAGAAAAGGAACGCUCACAACCUACUCAAUCAUCUAAACGAUACUCGACAAGAAGGGUUGCUACUACACCAACGACACAGGCAACUGAGCAAGAAGUAGUGGAAGAUGGUGUUGGUCCUUCUCGAGUUACUAGUGAAAUUCCACUAUCAGCGGUUUAUGCACCUCCAUUCAGACCUAGAUCGAUGAAUCUCUCAGAAGACAAAGAAGUUAAAGCCGAGGAAGAUAAUCUUUUACCUCAACAACCAUUGGACACACCAAUUAGAUAUUAUACUCCAAAUAGGGUUCCAGUGAUACCAUCAAGUAAUAAUUUAAUGGAAAACAAUUCUGGAAUAGCAGUGGCUCCACCAACUCAAGUUGAGAGCAAUGGAAUGGUUUAUUAUUAUGAUCCAAAUAUGUAUCAACCUUAUUAUUAUUAUCCUUCAGUUGAAACUAAGGAUGGUAACGAUAAGGCACCAUUUAUACCACAACCACCAGCAAAUGCAGUACUAGAUAAUGGCGUUUAUUAUUAUUACCCUGUUUACUAUCAAUAA